AUGAUUUAUAUUCUUCAGACUUUGCAACGACUUGAGAAUAAGUUCGAUACUCUUUAUGUAUCAAAACCCUCUACACCAGCAAGCAAUACCGACUGGAGCGGACCACAAGCUGCAUCACGUCCACCAGGAGUCAAUGGCACUAUGGCUGCUUCUGGAUCCAACGAGUCUCAUGGAUCAUCCGAUAGCGAAAUACGUCCACGUCGCAUGGGAUCUCAAACAUCAUUCCCUCCUGACAUGCUGCGCACUUAUCAACAUCUGACUGUGGCUCACAAGGUCUUGCUGUGGCCAUCGAUAUAUCUGCAUAUUCUGAAUUCUGGAAUCGCUGUGGCUUCGGACCUACAAUAUGUGCUUCAGGAAGGAACACCGUGGUUUAUCCACCUUGAAUUGAAAAAGCAUCCAAAGACUCUUCCUUGGGAUACCGACAUGCGAACAUACCCGAUGCCUAGUAGUACUGGAGAAAUGAGAGCUGGAUUUAUCGGCUUGACACCAGAAAAUGUGCGGAGGAUGAGUGAUGCAUACUUCAGCACCUUCAACAUCCUGUUUCCAAUCCUCGAUAGACAAAUGUUUCUCGAAGACAUCCUCGAACCUGUUCUGAGAAACGGCUUCGCAGACUGUGAUCCCCAAGGCUGCCUUGUCCUGCUUGUACUGGCCCUUGGCCAGACUGCCAUUGAUGGAGUUUAUGGUUCUCCAAUCAGCAUCAUAGAGGGUAAUCCCAGUGGUCUACGUGGAGGCACAUCUGAGAGACCACCUGGUCUGAAUCUCUUCAACGAGGCUCGGAGACGCAUGGGUUUCAUCAUGCAUCAAUGCACGCUUGAGAAUGUGCAGAUUCAUCUGCUUGAAUCGUGA